UCUGCACGCGUCGCUGCCUCGCCGGCGCCGCCUCAUCGCCGCAGCGGUCAGCGCUCCUCCGCAGCUGCGCUCCCUUGGGUUCUCUUCCGCCGGGGAGCCAGGUCUCCAACUCUUCCAAGCUGCUGUCGUGUUGAAACUUGCUCCUGGUUUUACCUCUGAGACUGACUUCAAAUGUGCUGACUAGCAACAGAUUACCAAAACACUCAGCGGGAAGAGUUCAUUCCAGAGCGAGUCUCUGCAGAAGGCAGAAGACAUGCACAGCCCAGGUGACAGGACUGGGCUGGAGAGGCGGAAAGAGUCGAGUGCGGCGCCCCUGGCGGGCAGUGGCUGCACUACACCCUACGAGCCGCCGCUUUUGGAUGACCCUUAUCCUUUCGCUCUGGUACUACGGCUUCGUGUCCUCCAGAUCGUGUGCGGCAUCUCCGCGAUGGUGAUGGGCACGGUGACGUUCAUCGAGGAGCAGGGCGCUCUCAACCUUGGUCUCGGUAUCCCCGCAGGGGCGGCCACUGUCGCCGCUGCAGCGGCCAGCAUCCACUCGAGCCGCGGCUUCGGCGGCUACCGCCCCCGCGGCCCGUCGCGCUGCCGCCGCUGCCUGGGGCCCAGCACGCCGGCCGCCGCGCUCUGGGGCUGCGCGUGCGCACUGCACGCCGCGCUGCUCGUGCAGGCUGCCCGCACCGCCGUCGCGGCCAACAGCGCCGCCGAAGGCACCGACCUCACGGUGCUGGCAGCCGUGCUGCUGUGCCUGGCGGCCGGCACGCUGACCGCCGAGUGCGCGCUGCUGCGCGUCGACUGGCGCUACGACCCCGACUGA